AUGAAUAUCUCCACAUCUACGUUUUCAACCAAAAGAAGAGGACUGAAAAAGGUCGAAGAGGAAGAAAAUGCUGCAACUUUACAACUUGGCGAAGAAUUUCAACUUACUCAGGUAAACCAUCAAGGACAAGAAGAAGAGCUGAUCGCAUUGAAUCUGAGUGAAGCAAGACUGGUAAUUAAGGAAUCUUUGGAACUGCGUAAGAGACUUUUCAAACAAUGGAAUAAAAGAGACGAUACAAUGGAAACGGACGACGACGUUGAUGGAGACGCACACACACAGAGCCACGAAAAAGAACUUCAAAAUAUUGAUAAGCUUCUGGAGACAACCACAGGUGGGAACAACCAGGCGCUCAAGCAAACAAUGGUGUAUCUGACGAAUUUCUCACGCUUCAAAGACCAGGAAACUGUAACUGCUGUCACUCAGCUUUUGCAAAGCACAAAUCUGCACCCAUUCGAGAUCUCGCAACUCGGAUCUCUUUCUUGUGAAGAUGCCGAUGAAGCCAAGACUUUGAUCCCAAGUCUGGGUAAUAAAAUCUCGGACGACGACCUUGAAAGAAUAUUGAAGGAGCUGUCAAAUCUCGAAACGUUGUAUUAA